GACAUCCAGGCUCAGGAAGUGCCCAGCGGCGCUGAAUCUGAGGCCGAAGAGAGUGGACUCAACCAGGAGUCAGAUGAGUCGGAGGAGGAAGGGCAGGAAAGGGUGGGUGGGAAUCCAUUGGGCCAGGUUCCAGAUUCCCAACCGCUCUUCGGUGAUGUUGAUACGCUUGAGGAAAGCCUUGCCUUGUUCGAGACACCAAAGAAAAAUAUGGUUUCUGCACCAUCACCAGUGGGAGCAGCAGUGAUGAUCGAAAUUCCAGAUACCCCAUUCAAAGUUGAAAAGCAGGACUCCCCCAAAGAGGCAGUUGAUGAUUCUGGGGUGGCUCCCAUUCACAAUACUCAAAUGGUAGAAGAGGCAGGGCCAGGUGAGUCAAUGGAAAAAGAAGAUAAGGUGGACAAAAGCUGGGUAGAGAACAAAGAAUGGAGGGAGGAGAGGAAUGCCAAAGCUUCGCUUGCAGCGGAAAGUGCAUCGAAUCCAAUCCCAGUCGUGGAGUCUUUAGGCUAUGCUUACGACGACGUGAACACCCAGGUCACCCGGCGCCAGCAACUGGGACUCAAGUCUCAAGGAGGCGAUGCCGAGGUUGAAGGAGAAGUGCCCAGUGGCAAGGGAAAGGGGAGAGGUCGAGGCAAAGGAAGGGGAAAGGGUAGAGGUAAGGCAGCAAAACGAGCAACACCCAUGGAAGGAAAGGAUGAGCAGCCAUGCACGACAAAUGAGGAGCAACAGGAGGAUGAGUCUGAGGAGCCUAUGCAGGUAGGAUCAGGUUCAGAAGAUGAUGAUAAGCAAGAGCAAGGCUUGGAGGAAGAUGGGAACAAACCAGCUGAUUGUGAAAUCCCAGCCACCCAACCCCGACCAGCCAAGGAAGGAAGGAAAAUGGAGGAGAAGCCAGGUGAAAAGGAAGAUGCUGACAAUAAUGAGGACACACACAAGGGUGAUGGUGGAAGCAGGAAAAAGACAAGGAAGCAGAAGGAGGAUCCCGCCAAGAAAAACAACCCCCCCAAACCGAAAAGAAGGGCCAAGAAACAAACCACGGAAAAGAGCGCUGGCAGUAAGGAGGAGGAUGACAAGGUAGAGGAUUCCAAAGGACCAGCCACAGAGGAGGAAGAAGAUGUGCCCCGGGAACCCGAAAGAAGGCCAAGAGCAUCGAAGAGCAAGGUUUCCAAACAGAACGCCAAGGCAGCCAAGGAGAGCAAAAGCGGGACCAAGACAAAAACAAAGGGCAAGGCACUCAAGAGAAAAUCACAUGACAAGAAUGAGGACGAGGAGGAGGAGACAGAAUGCAAGACCUUGGAGGCAGAGAAGCCAGCUGGCAGCCAGAGCAAAGCACCUAGAACACGACAAAGGCGAAAGACCAAACAAAUUGAUGGCAGUGAAGGCAGUAGCAAGGAGGAGGAAAAGGUGACUGAGGAAACUGAACAAGCAGAUGCCAGCAACGGCACCUCGCUCAAGAGGCUUAAAAGCACUGCUGCACUAGGGAUGCCAGGAAAGGUGGAUGUGACAACACUUGAAAGUAUGCCAAAGGCAAAGGCAAAGGCACGAGCAAAGGCAACGGCAGCAGGAUCAGGUAGCAACGGCAGGAAAGCAGGCAAGGAGGGGGAUGAAGAGACACCAAAGAACCAGCCCAGCAAGAGGCAGAGGGCUGCAGUCCCUGUUUGCUUUGCAAAGCGCAAGUGCCCUUCCACGGAGUGGGGUAAGCUCAAAUGGGAGACGCUAAGGAAAGUGUUUGAAGAAUCCAUCAAGCCCCACUUGACGACAUACAGCGCCCACGAGGAGAGCUAG